GUGAAUUGAAAACAAAAUAAGGAAGAUACAAAGAUAUAACGUCAUUACUUCAACAAUUUAUUGUAUAUUUAUCAUCUCUUUGUUAUUUUAAAAAUAAUUUUUUUUUUGUAAAUCUAAAGUUUAUGCUGUGUAACUUCGAAUAUGUCAUGUGAAGUGAAAACGUUUGGAGAAAUCCGUGAUUUUCACAAAGUACAAGAAUACUUUGGUUUGAGUCAUGACGAAAAUUGGCUAAAUGCAGUGAAUUUCUCAAUUUCACCCACGGGUGAGCUCAUCGCUUUGGGGCAGGGUGAAAAAUUGGCAUUACUCUCAUCCCAAUGGGAUAACAAAAGUCAAGUUAGUACUUAUGUGCUGAGUUGGUGUGGUGAGCUCGACGAUCCCAAUCAAAUUAUUACAUCAUUACUGUGCCUGCCUAUAUAUGGUAAGGGAGUUAGCGCUGGUGCCGAAUGGACUUGUAUUGCAAUUGGACUUAACUCAGGCAUGGUGUUAUUUUACACCGACGCUGGCAUAAAAAUAUUUUCACAAAGUUAUCAUGAUGAUCCUGUGCUCUGCAUUAAAGCUUAUAGUCCGCCACGACAUUCCGAAGCUGAUUCUUUUGUAUAUAUUACAUACGAUGAGUGUAUGUGCAUUAUUAAAGGUGCCGAAGUGUUUCCGCUAUUAGUUAAUUUGCGCUUUAAUUUUAAUCGCACUUAUGGUCGUAAUGCGGCAAGUGACAUGUCAGGACUGCCCGCAGCCGACUUGCUGCAGUUUCAAAAAUUUAAAUUUUCUAGCAAAAACGGCGCAAUUAUCAACGAUGCCGCACUCACAGGUUCACGUUAUGUUACCAUGUAUGAUCAUAUCAUCGAGCAGGCUGUUGGUAUUGGCUGCUAUGCCAAAAUAAAUACAUCACCUGUACAACAUUCGAUGGUGGUCGGCGUGGGUGCUGAACCUUAUAUCGGUUUUUACUAUGCAGAGGAAGGUUAUCGCACCACAACAUUAGGUGAAGUAGCAAGAGGUGUCAUAGACUUAACAUAUCGUAGUGUUUGGGGUAAACUAUUUGGCCAGCCAGAGAAGUCAAAUGACGCGGCAGCCACACCUGCGCAAGAGUCGUUGAUGCGUACUCGUUCUAAAUUUUAUGAUGGCAAACGCGAUGGUUAUACAAUUGCGCUUGCGCCAAACGGACAGCUUGCCGCCGUAACCGAUAACUUAGAUCGUGUUGUGCUGGUCGAUCUGCAGCGCGGUGUAUUGUUGCGUGUUUGGAAGGGAUAUCGUGAUGCGCAAUGUGCCUUUGUACCGGUUAAAGAACGUUCAUUGAAAGGCGUAAAAACGGAACAUCGUAAAGCGCUUUUCUUAGUUAUUUAUGCACCACGUUUGGGUUGUCUGGAGAUAUGGGCAUUACAAAAUGGGCCGCGUGUGGCGGCUUUCACGGUCACCAAGAGUGGACAAUUAGCUUACAAUACUCACGGGCUGAUGGGUGUAACACCCGGUACUAAAGUAAAAUCAUCUACACCGAAUUAUUGCCUAUUCCUCGACCCCAGCGAUGCCAGUGUGAAAGAGGUGGUGAUACCCUUUCAUUUCGCACUAAGCGAAAUAAACUCGAAAACAUCACGUGACAUACAUUUGUUCCGACGUCUAAAGAAUCUCUUACGUAAUUUGGAUAGUCCUGCCAACAUCGAGGAAAUUGUUAAAAUUGCAGCUGAUUUUCAAACGAUUGAAGUACGUCAACAAUGUUUGGACAUGUUGAAGAAGAAUAAGCAAUUGAAACCGCAAAUAUUUCAUAAAAUUGUAAGCGCAUUUGCAGAUUCACUGCAGUCGGAAACUCUUGAGGACGCCGAAAGUGAAAUGAGUGCGGAGCAUGAAAAUUUUAAGGUUAUAGUUGAGAACUACCGACGCCUUACCGAGUUCUAUUUAACCAUAAAGCGACCUACUGAAGUCGAAUUCGAUGAUUACCUGGAAUUGGACGACUGCGAUUUGGUGACUAUCAACCAGAUUAUAUUGUUGCUCGGCGACAAAUGUGCACAACCGAGCCCCAAUGACAGCAAAAAUAGUACACAACUCAGCGGGAAAGUCACAUUCCAGGAGCGAUGUCAAGAAGAUGGCGAUUUUGUUGACUUUUUAAGCAUAUUUAAAGUGGAUGUUAGUGAUAAACUAACGUUAUUACGUGAAAAAAUCGAUAGUUUUGGUUAUAUCAGUGGGCAACUGUUUAGAGAAUUCUUUGAAAAAGGUCUAUGCUUCGAAGAGCUGAAGGCAGCAAUUGUUAAAGCGAAGUUACCAGCCGAAGAGGUGUUGAUAUUGGCGCUAAACUUUUGGAUGGAUAAACCCUUCAGCUACCAAAAUUGUGAUGAAGUUAUUGCGGAUAUGUCACGUUUGGCAGCCAUGAUAAAAGCGAUUUGCGAAGUUGCUGGCGAUCGAGUUAACGACUACGCUUAUAAUGAGAUUUCGCAAUGGUGGCAGGAUAUACGAGAAAUACUUUUAGAAUGUCCCAAAUCAUUUGGUUUGCUAGCGGCAAUCGUUUGUAAGUCCGUUGCAGCCAAAUUACGCCGUGGAUAUAGAGAGGGUUCCUGUGACGAAGGUUCACAGACAGAGGAGGAAGAUAAAUGGGAGCAAAUCUCACAUGAUCAAGCACAGUGGGGCUUAUUCAUAGGAAAACUGGAAGACAUCUCAAUACUGGGCGCCACGGUGGAGCAUUCAAUUGAAAGCAGCGCACCCGUUAUGCCCGAACUGCCAUAUGAACCGCCAGAUUGCAGCUUGAAAUUCAUUGUCAAUGGUGGCAAAGGUAUCGUCACUGAUCUAACUGCCAAAUGGUUAAUUAAUUCGCGUAUACAUCCAAUGUGUGUUGUGGCAAGCGAGUCAAAAGUUGUAGAAAAUAGCGCACAGGAAAUCUGUGAGACACCGACAAACACAGAAGUGACUGAGGAAACUGAAGUUGCAACACCAACAGAAGGCGAUUGUGGUGAUCAAAAGCUAGCCAGCAGUCAAGAUGCUGCAGAUGCCGCAGUUGAUCCAGUGCUUAAGAAGCUACUGCUCUUACGCGAACACUUUCCUUUCAGUUUGGAAUCGGGCAUGCUACUCAGUCUCAUGUCGUGGCAGUAUAUGGUGCAUUGGAGCAAAAACCUGCCCCGCUUGGAGUAUAUGCGUGCAUCGCUCGCUUGCAUGCAGCAAUUCAAACCGGAAGAUUACGCGCUCAAGCAUGGUAUCUGUUGUAUGCUUUGGAAUGCCACCUUGAAGUAUCCGCUGCAAUCGACUAUGAAGCUUAUACAAAAGGCUGGACGCCUGCCGAAAGAUAAAAUGUGCCAACAGGACAUUGAAAUGUCUGCAGCGCUGGUGCCCAACUUCCUAGAAUUGUGUUUACAAUUUUUAGAACAUUUCAUGACAUCGUUGGAUCAUUGCAGUCGUGAAUUGAAGUUCGAGGAAUCGUUAACCGAGGGCCCGCUGCCCUUACAGUAUCUUGCAUUGCAACAACACAAUGCCAUUGACGAAUUACUGCAGCUGCAUUUCGAGCUCUGCGCCGUCUUGCAUUUGAUUGCCUCAUUGCAGUUGAAAAUACCUAAACCGAUUACAAACGUUUUCGAUGCCAUGGCAAAUAAGGCACUCUUCAGUGAUAUCAACAAGGAAUUGUCCUAUGAACUGCCAGAACCUGAUUUAGUGCUGCAACAACAACGUGAGCAUUUUCUAUGCAAGGCCAUUAUUGCCUCAAUGGAUUUGAUACGCGAAGAUCUGCAAGAUUUGUACACACAAGAGCACAUGGAGUUCAUGGCGAAGAUUAUGGACUUGGCCGAACGUUGGAAGUUGAAGAAGACAGCGCUUAUACGGCAGCAAGCUGUGGAAAUGUACGCUCAUUCUUACGAUGCUCAAGGUGAGGAGCUGCUGAAACAGCUACGGGACGAUGAACAUGUUGCACGUCUGCUACUUGAAGUGGCUGGUAAGCGUUUGAAUUUAAUUGCAAGCAGAUCACGUGAUGCCUACUUGAAAAUAGCUUCGGUGGGUCAACAGCUACUACAUUACCUCGAUAGACUGCGUGAUUCACCCGGCGGUACAGUGCAAAUAACUGCCUCCGAAGCAAACGAAAUAAAUAUAGUUGAUCUAUCGAAAUUGGUGACGCAUUGCUUCGAUUUACUCUCACAGAAGGAGCCAACUAAAUAUGUACAUAUUGCCGGUCAAAUGUUUGACGCGUGUUCUAUAUUGCAAGAUUAGUUAAGUACAUCCUAAGUAUAUGAAUAAUGCACAAUUAUUUCGUUAUUUAAAUAAGUAGAUAUUAAGAUAUAUACGUUUGUGUGGUAUGACAUGUAAUUAUGAUAGUUAAAUUCUUCUUUUUUUAUUUUAUAAAAAAAUCACAAAAAUAGAUUAACAAAGUCGUUUAAAAUGUUACCAAAAUUUUCAUAAAGCAUGCUUUUUGAUACACUCCACACACAUAAACACAAUGCUCAAGAGUCACGCUUCCUUUGUCCUGGCCGAUCCUUCUUAUUUGGAUCGUAGAAUUCCAUAUAGUCUUCAUUGUUAAUGCGCCGUAUUGCCGGCGGUGUGGGUGGACGUUCAAUAUCAUUGGCUUCGUGUAUUUUCAAAUGUGUAAAUACCGG